AUGAACAAAAUCAGCGACGCAAUGAAGCGGGCCAGAGCCGCCUUCAGCUCGGGCAGGACGCGCCCGCUGCAGUUCCGGGUUCAGCAGCUGGAGGCGCUGCGGCGCAUGACCAAGGAACGCCAGACGGACAUCGCCGAGGCGCUGGGUGCCGACCUCAACAAGAAUGAAUGGAACGCCUACUAUGAGGAGGUGGUAUAUGUCCUGGAAGAAACUGAUUACAUGAUCUAGAAGCUCCCCGAGUGGGCCGCAGAUGAGCCUGUGGAGAAGACUCCCCAGACCCAGCAAGAUGAGCCCUACAACCACUCAGAACCCCUGGGUGUGGUCCUCAUCAUCAGCAUGUGGAGCUACCCCUUCAACCUCACCAUCCAGCCCAUGGUGGGCACCAUUGAUGCGGGGAACACGGUGGUUGUCAAGCCCUCGGAGCUGAGUGAGGACAUGGCAAGUCUGCUGGCCACCAUCAUCCCUCAGUACUUGGACAAGGAUUUGUACCCAGUGAUCAACAGGGGUGUCCCUGAGACCACGGAGGUGCUCAAGGAGGGAUUUGACCACAUCUUGUACACCGGGAGCUCCGGUGUGGAUAAGGUUGUUAUCACAGCGGCUGCCAAGCACCUGACCCCUGUGACGCUGGAGCUGGGAGGGAAGAGCCCUUGCUAUGUGGACAAGGGCUGUGAUCUGGAUGUUGUCUGCAGGCGCAUCACCUGGGGGAAAUUCAUGAACAGUGGCCAGACCUGCAUGGCCCCCGACUAUAUCCUCUAUGACUCCUCUAUCCAGGGCCAAAUUGUGGAGAAGCUCAAAAAGUGCCUGAAAGAGUUCUACAGGAACGAUGCCCAGAAGUCCUGAGACUACGGGAGAAUCAUUAAAUCCUGUCACUUUCAGAGGGCGAUGGGCCUGAUAGAGGGCCAGAGAGUCACCCAUGGGGGCACUGGGGAUGCGGCUGCCCGCUACAUAGUCCCAACCAUCCUUGUGGACGUAGACCCCAGGUCCCCAGUGAUGCAGGAGGAAAUCUUCGGGCCAGUGUUACCUAUCGUGUGUGUGAGCAGCCUAGACAAGGCCAUCCAGUUCAUCAACCAGCGCGAGAAGCCCCUGGCUUUCUAUGUGUUCUCCCCCGCAACAAAGGUGAUAAAGAAGAUGAUCUCAGAGACGUCCAGUGGUGGGGUGAUGGCCAAUAACGUCAUCGUCCACAUCACCAUGCACUCGUUGCCUUUUGGGGGUGUGGGGCACAGUGGCAUGGGCUCCUACCAUGGCAAGAAGAGCUUUGAGACCUUCUCCCAUCACCGCUCUUGCCUGGUGAGGCCUCUGCUGAAUGAUGAGGCUCAGAAAGCCAGAUACCCAUUGAGCCCAUCCAAGGUGAGAGAUGGGGGUGAGAGUGAUGGGAGCCACUGAGCAGACAGGGUGACGGCCUGGUCUCAGGCUCACUGUCCUCUCCAUUGCUUUCCUCACAGAUGAACUGCCACUAAAAAAGAGCUUUCCACGUGCCUGUCUGCACCUCGGCUUCCCCCUGCUGCUCCCCUGCAAGUGCAGGAGACCCUUACACUGUUCCCCAACCCCAGCCUCUCAUUCCUUGCCUACCUGUACAUGCACCCUGACCUCCCCUAACCUCUACCACUGGGGACCCCGCAGGCCCUGGGUCUCCCUCUCCACACCCCUGGCAAUAAAAAUAUUUCUAACCAGUGGAUCAGUGCAUGAGCACACU